AUGCGGCUCUUUCUUUUCGCCACGAUCUUUUCCAUAGGCUUGUCGGUAUUGGCAGCGCCUACGAAAAGAGCAUCUGUAUGUAAUGGACGCGCAGAGCUGUGCAACCGAGGUUAUGGAAAUGUCACGUUCCUGAGUUCGCAUGAUUCAUUCGCAAUCAGCGAGGACAUUUUCGCUCUUGCCAGAACUCAAGAACUUGAUCUUCCCGGGCAAUUAGAUCUUGGUGUUCGUAUGUUGCAAGCCCAAUCUCACAUGUCUGUAUCCAUAAAAACCCACCCUGCACUUGAUACCCUGACGUCUUAUACAGGGAUGGCGAUGAUUUCAAGUUUUGCCAUACGAGUGAGCCUCCGAGCAUAUACCUCCAUCGAUACAACUCACGUCAUCUAUUGCUUGGCAGGUUGCAGUUUGUUCGAUGGCGGUCUUGUCGUCGACUACCUGAAGACUGUCAAGACUUGGUUGGAUAAUAAUCCUAAUGAAGUUCUGACUUUCCUUUUCACCAAUCCCGAGGGUCUAUCGCUUACCGAUGUAUGGAAACCUGCAUUCGAUGAGGCAGACAUAACCGAUCUGGCUUAUGUACCUCCCACAAAGCCCAUGAAGCGCGGAGAUUGGCCUACGCUAGGCGAAUUCAUCAAUAGUGGCAAACGCGUCAUCGUUUUCUUGGAUUAUGGUGUCGAUGAUAGCGUGGAUUUCAUCCUCUCAGAAUUCACAAUGGCAAGUCCCUUGCUCUGGGAACCACCUUUCAGCGUGACGGAUAGUACCUUCCCAUGUAGCGUUAACAGAAUUUCCGGUCCUCUUUCGACGGUGGACCACUUGAACAUGCUUAACCACAAUCUGAACAUCAACAUCAUUCCCAUAGGCGACGGUGUUCUCAUUCCCGAUUUUGCAGCCGCAUCGAAGACCAAUAGUCUCAGCUCUAUCCUUGCUAACGCAUACGGUUGUUCAGGUUUGGCCGGUGGUGUUGCUCCCAACUUCGUCAUGCUUGACUUUGUCAACAUUGGCCAUGGAUUGGACGCGGUCAACCUGCUUAAUGGCUUCUGA